CUCGUAUAAUCAUGGAUAAUGAUGCAAUAAAGUUUCCACGCAUCCACACUGCUGCUUGUUGCAACUCGCAAGCUUUUGUAGUCUGGAAUAGGACCGUGCCCUCCAAACGAGCCGGUUGAGCUUGCACAUAUCAUAUCGAUUCCAAUGAAGAUGCUAUCAAACCCGUGGGGCGUUGUGGGCUCACGUUAGGGACUGGAAGGAGAGUGCGCUAGCUCGGGGGGAGCGACGUCAACUUGGUUUACGCGCUCUCGCCAGCUCUCAGAUGGAGCAUUUUAUGGAUGUUGCGAGCUCGGGGCCGUCAGAGGAGUCUAUCCUUGAGCAGACGUAUCGCCUCGAGGCGUACUUGAAAGGCCAAGGCUAUGUGGGCAGCGAGGUUCUUAAUGUGCUCAGCCCCUCCACCAGCCAGGCACAGUUUGUCAUCGACCUGCUGUUCCAGAUGGCACAGCAGCAAUCCAAUGACCGCGGCGCCCGGGAGGAGCUGCGCGACCAGGCAAACAAGGAGCGCGUGGCGGCCAACGUGGCGCAGAAGAAGCUGGAGAGCCAGGAGGAGGCCAUUCGGAAGCUGCAGGCUAAGAACCAGGAAUACGAGGGCAAGCUGCUGGCCCAGAAGCACAGCUACGAGGAGAAGCUAUCCACCUUAAAGCGCGACCUCAAAUCCACGCAGCUGCGCCUGAACGCGCUGUUACCCGGUGGCAGCAAGGAGGUGACGGUGCGGCGGGGAGGCUCUACCAGUGGCAACAGCGGCGGCGGCGCGGCGGCCGGCGCCGUGGGCCCCGGCGGCGCGCGCCGCGUGGUGGCGCCCACCUACGACCGCUUUCAUGAUGACCCUUCUGACAUGAUGCAGCGACUGGAGGCUGAUAUGUCACGGCUGCGGCUAGCCAACGACAAGCUGAAGCGGGAGCUGGCAGCGGCGCGUGAGCAGGCGGCGGCCGCGGCACGGCGGGAGGAUCAGGCGGCCGUGUCGCCGCGGGAGGGCACCUCGUUUCAGUCGCAAUCCCAAUCACAGUCAGCGGGCGCCGGGAGCCGCAGCCCGACCUCGCCGGACCCAGAGGUGGCUCGCCUGCAGCGCCGGGACAGGGAGAUGGAGCUGACGCUGGACCACCUGCGGCGGCAGCUGGACAAGGCUGUGGAGGAGCGGUCAGAGCUGCACAAGACGCUGCAUUCCCUGAGGCAGAAGAACAUAAGCCUGGACCAGGAGCGUCGGAACUUCGAGGACCGCUUCCUGCGGGCGCAGCGGGCGCACGCGGCGCUGCAGCCCGGCCCCAGCAGCACAGAGUUGCAGCAGCAGUUGGAAGGGCUGCGGGCGCAGGUUGCGGGCGCGCAGCGGGAGGCGCAGGAGGCCAACGCUAGGGCUGUCAGCCUGGAGGGGCGCCUGGUGGAGGCGGAGGCGGCGCAGCAGAGCAACAAGCGCUACGUGGAGGUGCUCAAGCGCUCCAUACAGCUGUCCAAGGGCCCCGACACGCUGGAGGCGGUGCAGCGCGUGGUUGAGGAGGUCAUGGCGCCCGCGCACGAGCAGCUGCAGCAGCGUACAGCCGAGCUCGCGACGGCGCGGGCGGAGCUGGCGGAGGCGCGGCGCCAGGCGGAGGCGGCUGCAGCCGGCGCGGCCUCCACGCUGCGCAGCGUCGACUCUGCCGCGUCGGCGUCGGCCUCAUGUGCCGGAUGCGGUGGUGCUGGCGGCGGACUGGCGGCAGCUACGGCGGCGGGUGCUGUGGCGCCCGACAGCGCACUGCCGCUGUCGCCCGCAGGACUACAGCCUAUCUCGCCUGCCGCGCGCUUCGACGGCUUCGCGCCAGGGCCGCUGCCCAACUCGGGCAGCCCGCCGCUGCUGCAGCCUCCGCCGGCGCACGCGUUCUACAACCGGGCCUUCGCUGCCACCAUGCCGUCGCCGCACUCGGAACGCAUGCUGCCGUCAUGCCCGGAGCAGGGCCCUGCCUGCCUGGAUGCGGAGUGCAGCACCGAGGACUUGGCGGCGCCGGGCGCUGGCGGCGCCAGCCCCUCAACCUCGCAGCCGGCGUUCGGCGGCGGCCGCAUGCGCUCCUCGCCGCACCUGCAGUACGGGGGCAUGGCCGCCUCGCACGGCGGCGCGUUCGGCGGUGGGUUCGGGGCAGCGGCCGGCGGGUUCGGACAGCAACACAGCGCGACGCCAAACACCGGCGAGCUUGCCCCGUUCACGAGCGAGGCGGGCGGCUUCGCCGCGGGUCCCAGCCCGGCACACUGGCGCCGCAGCUUGUCGGCCGGGCCGGUCCGUAACUUGUCCACGGAGCGCCAGCGCCGCACCUGGCAGGUGGAGCACACGGCACAGGCUAAGCGUUGGCCUAGCCCAGCCGAUAUCCUGCUGCAUCAGGCACGAAGCGGGGACGGCACUAUCAGUAUCAACGACGGGGCAAGUACGCCGCUCCAGCCACGGAACGGCAGCCACGGCGCAUAAGAGACUCAUAAGUAGGAUCAGGCCAGGUCUGCUGUUGGGCCCCGCUGUAACGCUGAUGUAGUGGUCUUCUGCAACCGGCAUUGAACGAGGAGUAGUGCGUAGGAGUGCUGGCAGCAGCAGCGGGUGGACGGGUGAUGAGGCGCGCGGUCAUGGGGAAGUUUUGUACCCCAGAAUGCGGGCUUAGGUGCCGUCCGGAAAGCUGCUGUAACACAGUUUCGGC